UGCACCAAGACGCGUUCGACUGACUACUGCCCCCAAGAGGCUGGAGGACCGAAACCCAGCGGCCACUCUCCUUGCCGCUCGGUGGGCUUUCCAUAAGGAGCUCCAAGUAACUUCCUCCGCUCACGUUGUCUCUCACCUGAACACGGUAACGGACGCGCGCGGUCGAAGCUGUAACGAGCCUUUUGCAUUUUCUGCCAUGGACCCCAACACUUGAGUGUUGUGGCGCCGGAUGCGAGCGCUCCAAACGGCGUCCACGGGGCACCGCGUUCUUUCGGGCUGGCGGCCGUCCGCCGCGCUCCGGUUACCCGCCGCCUCCCGCUCGCCCCCUCGACGGCGCCCGCACCACCCAGUAGGACAGCGGCGGGACUAUGCGAGCACCAUGCGGGCUGUGAGAUGUCUGCUGUUCGCCGCGGUGUUUGCACGCUGUUCCGUGACGGGUCUGAGGGAGGGCUGGCAGCCCCCCACCAAAGAUCUGGUGCAACCCAAGAGGCUCCUGCAGCAGAUCCACUCCCAGGGCGAGCUUCUCCACAGCCACCUCGACACCCGUGUCCAGAACCCCUCUGGGGCGGCGCAGCCCGUGCACUUGGCCCGGAGCAGCUUCCGGGUGGAGGCCUUUGGCAACUCGUUUAUCCUCGACCUGGAACUCAACCAUCAUCUCCUGUCGACGGACUAUGUGGAGAGACACUUUGAAGAGGACGGGCAGCCGUCCCAGAUUAAGGGAGGAGAACACUGUUACUAUCACGGGCGCGUGCGAGGGCUGCCCCGAUCCUGGGUGGCUGUGUCCACCUGCCGCGGCCUGUGGGGGAUGUUCUCCGACGGGAACGUCUCGUACGCUAUCGAACCCGCGGCUACUGGCGAGGCGGACCACGUGGUGUAUCGCGUGCCUCUCGCCGACUUCCUCCUGUUUCCGCCUCCAGCGAGCGGCGUGAACGGCGGGCGGACGGGCGCCGGUGGGGGAGACGCGAAGAGGCGGGACAGAGACGAGCGGCCUGCGCCGGGGGCAAAGGAGAAGCUCGCCAACGGCGGCGGACGAGCAAAACGACAAGCUCGUCAGGGUCAGCGCACCGUGCAGACGGAGACCAAAUACAUCGAGCUGAUGGUCGUCAACGAUCACCAACUGUUUGUCCAACAGCGUCGCUCGACCUCUCAGACCAAGAACUUCGCCAAGGCGGUGGUGAACAUGGCCGACGCGAUCUACAAAGAUCAGCUCAACACGCGCAUCGUACUGGUCGCCAUGGAAACCUGGUCCAUUGAAAACCGCAUCUCCGUGGGCGACGACGCCCUGCUCACCCUGCGCGACUUCAUGAAGUACCGCCGGGCAAGCGUCCGCGAGCGCUGCGACGCCGCGCACCUCCUCUCCGGGAGGACCUUCAUGAGCAGCCGCAGCGAGGCCGCCUACAUCGGCGGAGUCUGCUCACUCAGCAGAGGCGGCGGCAUCAACGAGUUUGGCGCCGUGGGUCCCAUGGCCAUCACGCUGUGCCAGAGUCUGGGCCAGAACAUCGGAAUGCUGAGGAGCAAGGACAGGCCUGCCGCAGGAGACUGCAGGUGUCCAGACCCUUGGUUAGGAUGCAUCAUGGAGGACACCGGCUAUUACCUGCCCAGGAAGUUCUCUCGCUGCAGUGUGGACGAAUACCUGCGCUUUCUGCAGCAAGGCGGCGGCAGCUGCUUGUUCAACAAGCCCAGCAAGCUGCUGGACCCACCCGAGUGCGGCAACGGACACGUGGAGCUGGGCGAGGAGUGCGACUGCGGCACGCUGGUGGAAUGCGCCCGCGACGGGGCGAACUGCUGCAAGAAGUGCACGCUGACCCACAAUGCCAUGUGCAGCAACGGCCUGUGCUGCAGGGACUGCAAGUACGAGCUGAGAGGCGUGACGUGUCGCCAGGCCGUCAAUGACUGUGACAUCCCAGAAACCUGCGUAGGGGAUUCCAGCCAGUGCCCUCACAACGUCCACAAACUGGACGGCUACACGUGCGAGGCCGGCCAGGGCCGCUGCUACGGAGGCCGCUGCAAGACCAGGGACAGCCAGUGCAGGAGCCUGUGGGGCUACGGUAAGGAGAAGGCAAAGAGUCCAAUUUGCAAGAGUUAUUUUUCAUUCCUCACCCCCACCCCAGACGCUGCUGACAGGUUCUGCUACGAAAAGCUGAAUUCCGAGGGCACGGAGAAAGGGAACUGCGGCCCGGCGCCCGGCGGCCACGGAUGGAUGCAUUGUAACAAACAGGACGUUCUGUGCGGUCUGCUGCUGUGCACCAACGUGACCGAAAAGCCGAGCAUGGGCGAGCUGCGGGGCAAACUGACCGGUUUGACCGUCCACCAUCACAACAGAUACCUGGACUGCAGGGGCGGUCACGCGGUGCUGGACGACGGCUCGGACCUGGGCUACGUGGAGGACGGAACGCCGUGCGGGCCCAACAUGAUGUGCCUGGAACGCCGCUGCCUUCCGGUGGCCGCCUUCAACGUCAGCGCCUGUCCCGGCUGGUCCGCCUCGCGCAGCUGCUCCCAUCACGGCACGUGCAGCAACGAGGUGAAGUGCAUCUGCGAUCGCGACUACACCGGGAAAGACUGCAGCGUGUUUGACCCCGUUCCCAUUCCCACGCCGAACGAGGGCCCGGAAAAACAUCAAGGUCCGAGCGGCACCAACAUCAUCAUCGGCUCGGUGGCCGGCGCCAUCCUCCUGGUGGCCAUCGUCCUGGGAGGCACCGGAUGGGGAUUCAAAAACAUCCGGAGAGGAAGGACAUUUGGAGGCCCCGUCCUGCCUUUCAGGACCGCUGCGGGAGCCCUCUUUUCUUUUUCUUUUCUUCUUUCAAGCGAUGAUGUCAUUGGGCCAGGCUGCUGUCGAUGCCCGGUCCUCCGCACAUGUCGCGCAGAGACCUCAUCAGCCUCUCCUGCUCUCAGAUGUAAUAAGCAAAUUUGUGGAAUUUCGGGUGGCUUUGUCGCCUUCUUGUGGUCAAUAGGAGAAAUGCUGCCCGUGAUAACUUCCGGGAAUCCAGAACGGAUAGGAGACGUUUUUUUUCCAUUUAUGUCUCGUGUUACUCAUGUAUUCAAUUUAUUUUGGUUUCGGAAAAAAAACAUAUUUAAAGUCAAAGUGUUCUGAGACUUUUUCGUUCGAGACAAACGAGAAAAUCGCCCUCUAUUUCGGUUUGGGUGAUUUCUAUAUUAAAAGGAAAAUCAAAUAGCCA